CACAACCACGCGAGCGCACGCGGAGGCCAACAGCGCGGAGAGGGUGGGGCCGGACGGGCGGCCGGCGACGACGGGCAGACUGGGCCGGAGGAGGAGCCGGGCCGCGACGGGCAGACGGGGCCGGAGGAGCAGCCGGCGGCAGCCUGAAGUUCAGCGGCGGCGGAGAAACUCCUCGGUGACGGCCUGGGCGGGCUGGAACCUCGACCUCGAGGCGGUGGCCGGCGAUGAGGGUCCCGGGACUCCGGGUCGGGAGGAGGCAGUGGCCGGCGGAGAGGUUCCCGUGGCCGCGGGUUGGGAGGAGGCGGCGGCCAGCGGUGAGAAUCUUCCCGGCGGCGGCGGAAACCUCGGCGACCUCGAGGCGGUGGCCGGCGGAGAGGAACCCAAGGCCGCGGGUCUGAAGGAGGCGACGGCCGGCAACGAAAAUCCCUGGGCCGCGAGCCACGGCGGCCUGGAAUCGGAUGAGGUCGAUGGAGUUGAAGGAGACGAUCUGGAGGGCAAUCGAUCUAGCGACAGAUCGGAAAAAAAUUCCGGGUUCUUGUUUCUUCUGCAGCUUAUAAUGAUGCUAUGGUGCUACUUUAUGGUUGUUUUUACGAAUCCUGGAGCUGUACCUGAAAACUGGAGACAUGCUGCUGAAGGGGAUGGUAUGUAUGCGAACAACAGUAGCACCAUAUCAAAUAAUGUCGCUACAGAUUGUGUGAAUCCUCCAUCCACUUCAGAGGAGCAAGGACAUGCGCCUAGAUAUUGCUCUCGUUGUCAAAAUGGCAAACCUCCACGUUGCCAUCACUGUUCUAUCUGUGACAGAUGCGUACUAAAAAUGGAUCAUCACUGUGUUUGGGUAGUAAAUUGUGUCGGAGCAAGGAAUUACAAGUAUUUUCUCCUUUUCCUGGUGUAUACUUUCCUCGAGACUGUGCUGGAUACAUUGGUGCUACUUCCAAGCUUUAUUAUCUUCUUUCAUGAUGGAAGUAGGCGCCCCAGCUCAGCUGGUGAUAUUGCCAUUCUAUUUCUUGCUUUCGUUCUAAAUUUGGCGUUUGCGCUGAGCCUCCUUUGCUUCAUAUGCAUGCACACGUCUCUUGCUGCCAGUAAUACGACUUCUAUCGAGGUAUACGAGCGAAAGAAAACAUGCUCAUGGGAGUAUGACCUAGGAUGGAGAAAAAACUUGGAGCAGGUAUUUGGCACCAACAAGUUGCUCUGGUUUCUUCCUAUGUACUGUACCGAGGAUCUGCAAAACAUUCCUACAAUUCAAGGCCUUGAAUUCCCUACUCGUUCUGAUGCAGUGCUGUAAUUGCGAUUUGGUUGGCAGUAUAUUCUUGUUAUACCAUGCGGCCAUCUCACUGGUAGAUUAAACCGUCUUAUUUCUGUACAGAAUCAUUAUUUUUCUGUACAAAGCUACUUCAUCCGUCUCAGUUUAGGGCAACUCGAAUCCGCGUCACCAAUCACCCGCAAAUGUAUGGACUGGACAGUCUAGACAUUUAAGGGUCAUCAAAUUUAUCUGGACUGGUCCGGACGUUUGAAAUCUCACAAACAAGGAUCAAACUGGGGGAGUCCGGACGUUUGCCACGUCGGACUCAGACAAUGCGCGCCACCCAAAACCCGUCUCUCUUCCUUUGUCCUGUACUUAAUAGAGGUGUGUGAGGUAUCAUGUGUGCUCAGUGGAUUAUCAUGGUUCUUACCUGGUUUUUCGUUAAUUAACUGAAAAACUCUCUUCUGAUUAAUUAAUUCAUGGGACAUAUGAAAGGUUUGGAAAUUA